UCCCCCAGCGGCUUGGAUCCUCUCUGGGGAGGAGAGAGCAGCUCGGUGGCUCAUAGACGUGAGAGGAUGAAGCUGAUGCACCUUUUCUGUCGGUGAACCUGUUGGUGCUCAGCUGCUGCAGUGGACAUGAGCGCUUGCGCACGAAGACGGAUUUUAAAUAACGGGUUAAACAGCCGGUGCGUAAUUACAGUAAUCUGAGCGUAGUGGUUCCACGGUGUCCUCUGCCUGUAUGUACGACCACCGUGCACAUAAAGCUGUGACUGUGCGAGUCCCUGCAAGACGCCACAAGUGAAAAGGUUUUAGAUGCGUGCAGGACUUCGUGUUGAAGGAGGGAUUCGAGCAGAGCCCGCCCUCUCUGCUCGUGGUCCGUGCUCGCCUUCUGAGGAGGCUCACACGUCAAUGGAACACGGAAUAGCUCAUUUUGGUGCCCUGCGGAGCUGAGCGGAGGAAGGGGGCGGAGAUCGGGACCCGUGAUCAUGCUCUAAUCAAUCGAUUCCCUAACCAGCACUUCACCGGUGACAUCUCCAUGGCUUCCACAAUACAUCGGUGGUAAGUCCCCACUGGCCACUGCCACCCAGUCACUCACAGAGGCAGAGCGACGCAGGAGAAGGCCAGGUCGAUCCAGCGAAGACAAGCGAUGCCAGCCUCGGACGCAGAUCCGGGCUCGGUGGCCGCAGCCCCGGCCCCACCGGACCAGCUCCCCGGCGAGCGCGCGGUCAGUGUGCUGUGGUCGUUUGGGAAAUGCCUGGCUGCGCUCCUGCCCGUGUACCUGGCCGGAUACUACGGCUUCAGCAUCAGCGUGGUCCUGUUCGUGCUGAUGAUCUACAUGGGAUGGAAACACGGUCGACUGGAGAAGAUGCUCAGGCUCAAGUCUGCCAUGUACCUUCUGGAGAACGAGACGAAAAUCACCACCAGUAAGGUUUUCAGAACCAAAAUGGAUAUGCCACCAUGGGUCAACUUUCCAGACGUGGAAAAAGUGGAGUGGAUCAAUAAGACCCUGCAGCAAGCUUGGCCCUUCAUAGGCCAGUUUCUGGAGAAGCUGCUGGUGGAAACCAUUGCCCCUGCGAUCCGUGCAUCUAGUAUGCAUCUGCAGACUCUCAGCUUCACCAAGGUCAACAUAGGAGACAAGGCUCUGAGGGUGGCUGGUGUGAAGGCUCACACGGAAAACGAUAAGAGACAAGUUAUGCUGGAUUUGUACCUGAGCUAUGCCGGUGAUGUCGAAGUCAACGUUGAAAUCAAGAAGUACUUCUGCAAAGCCGGAGUGAAGGGAAUCCAGCUCCAUGGGAUGCUGCGUGUGAUCCUGGAGCCUCUGAUCGGAGACAUGCCGCUCGUUGGAGCCGUCACCAUGUUCUUCAUUCGCAGGCCUAAACUGGACAUCAACUGGACUGGGUUGACCAACCUACUGGAUAUCCCUGGACUGAAUGCCAUGUCGGACACUUUGAUAAUGGAUGCAAUUGCCUCCCACCUGGUGCUCCCCAACCGUCUCACUGUGCCCCUGGUGGCUGACCUGCACGUUGCACAGCUCCGCUCCCCUCUCCCAAGGGGAGUCGUCCGCAUUCAUCUGCUGGAGGCUGAGGACCUGACUGCCAAGGAUACAAUCAUCAAAGGCUUAAUCGAUGGGAAAUCUGACCCAUACGCCGUCCUGCGCGUCGGAACCCAGAUCUUCACCUCCCACCACGUGGACAACAACCUGAACCCACAGUGGAGGGAGAUGUACGAGGUGAUUGUCCAUGAAGUACCUGGUCAGGAGUUGGAAGUGGAAGUAUUUGACAAAGACCCCGACCAGGAUGACUUCCUGGGGAGGGUAAAGGUGGACCUUGAUAUCGUGAAGAAGGCCCGAGUGGUGGAGGAUUGGUUCAAUCUGAAGGACGUCCCAACGGGCAGCGUUCACCUCCGUCUGGAGUGGCUCUCUCUGCUGUCCUCUGCUGACAGACUGAGCGAGGUGAUCCAGAAGAACCAGGACCUGACCAGUAAGACGGCUGAUCCUCCGUCGGCUGCCAUCUUAGCCAUCUAUCUCGACCAAGCAUACGACCUUCCUAUGAGAAAAGGCAAUAAGGAUCCAAGCCCAAUAGUGCAAGUCUCCAUUCAGGAUACGACUAAAGAGAGCAAGACUUGUUAUGGGACCAACCGCCCUGUGUGGGAGGAUGCUUUCACCUUCUUUAUUCAGGAUCCUCGACAAACAGAUAUCGACUUUCAAGUCAAAGAUGAUGACCGCGCUCUGUCCCUCGGCAGUUUGUCCAUCCCUCUGACUCGUAUUAUGGCGACCCCUGACCUCACCAUGGACCAGUGGUUCCAUCUGGAGAAUUCUGAUUCAGCCAGUCGCAUCUACAUCAAAAUAGUGUUACGGGUUUUGUGGCUGAGCGACGAUGCCACUCCUACAACUCCGUCUCCCCGGCCUUUAUCCUCUGGAUCCGGGAUGGGUCAGGGGGGGAUCCCAGCAGAACUGAACCCCAUGGGGCCUGGCGGGCUGGCUAAACCUCCACCAACACGACCGCAGCACACCACGCCCGACCCAGAGUUCGCAACUGAGGGAGUGCUGCGUAUUCAUCUGAUCGAGGCCCAAAACCUGAUAGCCAAGGACAACUUCAUGGGGGGAAUAGUGAAGGGGAAGAGUGACCCCUACGUCAAGAUCCGUGUGGCAGGCAUCACCUUCCGCAGCCACACCAUCAAAGAGAACCUCAAUCCACUCUGGAAUGAGCUCUAUGAGGUGAUUUUGACGCAGCUUCCUGGUCAGGAGAUCCAUUUUGAGUUGUUCGACAAGGACAUCGAUCAGGACGACUUCCUCGGGAGGUUCAAGAUUAAUCUACGAGAUAUCAUCAGUGCACAACUGAUCGAUUUGUGGUACACCUUAAAUGAUGUGAAGUCCGGCCGAGUUCACCUGAUGCUGGAGUGGCUGCCCAGAGUCUCUGACCUGCCCAGACUGGAGCAGAUCCUGCAGUACCAGUCGCAGCAGUCGUACCAAAACAAGGUUGUGCCAUCCACAGCGGUGCUAUUUGUGUAUGUGGAGCGUGCCCAUGGGCUGCCGUUGAAGAAGAACGGCAAGGAGCCAAAAGCCGGGGCUGAGAUUAUCCUCAAAGGUGUUACACAUAAAACCAAGAUCUGUGAGCGCUCCACGUCUCCUCGAUGGGACGAAGCCUUCCAUUACCUGGUUCGUGACCCCAGAGACGAAAUACUCACAGUCAAGCUCUCCCACAGCUCGGGUCAGACCCUCGGGUCCUUGACUCUUCCUCUCAGGGAGGUGCUGCUGGAGCCGGGCAUGGUGCUGGACCGCUGGCUCAGUCUGGAUGGAGUUCUACCAGAGAGCCAGAUCCUGCUGAGGGCCACACUCAGGAUCUUGGACACUCAGCUGGCGGCGGGUCGCAGGGAUCCAGGCGAUGCAGGUAAUGAGGGCACCGGAGAAUUCAUCCCCAGAUGGGUUCCAUCCCACCUCGACCUCAGACACAGAAGUGGAUUCUCCAUGGCCGGUGACAAUGCAAACGGUGCAAGCCAGGUGAAGCUCACCAUAGCCCACUCCCCAGAGGAGAGCCGGCUUUUCAUCACCAUUCACUCCUGCAGAGCCCUGGCAGCCUGCUCCAAGGACGGCGCCGACCCUUACGUCUCCUUCAUCCUGCUGCCGGACAAGAAGGCUACAACCAAGAGGAGAACCGGCACCAAGAAGAGAGAUCUCAACCCGGAAUUCAACGAAAGGUUUGAUUUUGAUUUCACUCUGGAGGAGUCCACACAGAGAAGACUGGACCUGUCUGUGAAGAACAGUGUUUCCUUCAUGAGCAGAGAGAGGGACCUGAUCGGCAAGCUGCAGCUGGACUUGGACCAAAUAGACCUGAAGGCUGGUGUCACACAAUGGUACGAUUUGGUAGCAGAGGCCAACUAGAAGGAUCCAUGCUUGAUCUUCGAUACUAUAUAACAAUAAGUGUUGCUUCUGUGAUCUGUGACGUGUGUGUUUGUGUAUUCGGCUUAAAAUUCAAUUUUCCAUCAUCACUGAAGAAAAAACAAAAAGAAGACGGCACACGUGCGUCAUGAAAACACAGUCCACCAGUAUUUAUGACACUUUUAGAUGUAGCUUCUCAUCCAUGAAGUGUUAACUGUGCUGAAUCCACGCAGGUUCUUCAGUAGAAUAUUUUGGCUGAAUAGAUAUUUGAUAACGAUGCGACUAUGUUGCACAAUCUACCGAGUUUAUAUGUGUUCAAAAGCAUGUACAAGUCCUCUUUGACUUUUAUUUACAAAAGGGCUCAUGCUGUGGUUUGACAAUGUUUCAAGGAUUUACAGCGUCCGACACAACUGAACCAGAUUUCUUUUACAUUUUUAUUUUCUACAAUCUUCAAACGAAUCCCAAAAAUACUUUUACUGUUACUAUACGUUUAUAUCAUUGCCUUAAGUAUUACAAAACUGUGCACAGUUUUUUUUAGUGUUUGUGAAUUAUGUUCCAAAUGAAGUUUUAUAUGUUUUAACCAGAGCUUUGUGAAAGUUACUUUUAUAAGUCAAAGUGUUACAAACCUAGACCCUCACAUUACCACUGAAAACAGAGGUCUGUACGCAGAGUCUUAAUCACUGUGCUUUUAUGAAGAGAAAACUUUGUAGAUACUGAAAACACAUUGCUGGUGUUCUUUAUGCUUCUUUGUGUUUGUAUUGUGUUUGUACGCGCUAAGUGCAACAGGCCGAUGUCGCCGGCCAUGUUUUAUAUUUUGCCUUUUGAGCUUAACAGUCGUUAGAGGCAAGUAAAUAUUCGUACAACAGCGGUGAGACAACUUCCAACACCUCUGUCACCUCGCCACAGAGGUCUGGACACUGAUCUGUGGUGAUGGAAAGAAAAUAGUGUUUUUAAGUGUCACAAAAUGAAGAAGAAAACUGCUGUGCUUUAACAUAAUUUAAACAUAUCACCAUGUAGCUGCUGAAUCUCUUGAUUAAAGUUUGCCCUCUCAUAAAUCAAA